AUGCCUAAAAUUUCUGCACGAAAUAUUUCAUUAUCAUUACGUUGUUCGCACAAUGGACUUAAGCUUACAGCUGUACCUCGUACUGUAAUUCCUGUCGCAUUUAUACGUACAGCAUCUACAUCUCGACUUACACCUUUGUUCGAUGUUUUCAACCAUAACAUAAAUCGUUUUCAUGGGAUUCAAGAUAGCAAUAAGCAACUAUAUCGGUUAUAUUCUAGUGGUCUUCCGGAACAUAGACUGAUCCAAAUGCCAGCUCUUUCACCAACAAUGGAACAUGGUACUAUUGUCAAGUGGCAUAAAAAAGAAGGUGAUGAAGUGGAGGAAGGCGAUUUGGUAUGUGAAAUUGAAACUGAUAAAUCGGUAAUGGCAUUUGAAGCAUCCGAGGAAGGUGUCUUGGCUAAAAUUUUAGUACCUGAUGGUACUAAAGGUAUUAAAAUUGGAAAGCCAAUUUGCGUUUUCGUUGAUAAGAAAGAGGAUUGUGCUGCAUUUGCUAAUUUCAAAGUUAACACUUUGGCAAUAUCUAAAGCCAGUACGAUGAUUUCAACAACCAAAAGCUAUUCAUCAUCUAUUAUCAAUCUCUUUCGAACAACGAAAUUGGAAAGUAACCGUGUCGUUGUUAUCCCAUAUGUUCGGCAAUUAACUACUGGCUUUGGUAUCGAUUUGUCGAAAAUUAAAGAUGCUGGGCGUAGCAUUGCAACCGAUGUGGAAGGUGCUAAAGUAAGCGGAACUGUUCCUGUUUUUGCCAUUGAUAAUGUGGUACUAAAUAAAGAAAGUUCUCGACCGGAACAACUGAAAGAAAAUGCAAAAGGAGUUAAGCCUGGUGAUCCGAAAUACAAAGAUAUACCACUUACGAAUAUGAGAGAAACCAUUGCUAAACGUUUAUCAUUCAGUAAACAAAGUAUACCACAUUAUUACCUUACUUCUGAAAUCAAAAUGGACGAAUUAUUAAAAGAACGAGCGAAUUUAAAUGCUAACCUGAAAGAUCAAGGCAUCAAAGUAUCUAUAAAUGAUUUUGUCGUUAAAGCUUGCUCAUUAGCCUGCUUGGAUGUACCUGAAGUCAACAGCUUUUUCUUGGAGAAAGAGAAAGUUAUCCGUCAAAAUCUAACCGCUGAUAUUUCUGUUGCUGUGAAAAUAGAAACAGGCCUUAUAACACCGAUUGUUUAUAAUGCUGAUGUUAAAGGUUUGGUAGAAAUCAGUGCUGAAAUUAAACAAUUAGUGGAUAAAGCGCAUAAAAAUAAGCUAAAACCAAACGAGUAUAUGGGUGGUACAUUUACGGUAUCAAAUUUGGGAAUGUUUGGUAGCAUUCGCCAUUUUACAGCAAUUAUCAAUCCACCGCAGUCAUGUAUUUUGGCUGUCGGUGGUUCAGAGCGCAAGGUUAUACCUGAUGAUGAAAAAAAUGAAUUCAAAGUCAUAACAACAAUGCUUGUGACGAUGUCUUGUGAUCAUCGUGUUGUUGAUGGUGCUAUUGGUGCAAUUUGGCUAAAACAUUUUAAGGAAUACAUGGAAAAACCAAGAACACUAUUGUAA